AUGGCCGCACAGCCGAAUGCGUCAUCUACUACACAAAGACCACCUCGUCCUUCCCUUUUCCAGCUUCCGCCAUCUCGCAAUGCCUCUAACCUGUCACUUGCUCCAGGCAUAUCGAACACACUUCCAGACUCAAGUAAAAGAUCUUCCUCAAAAGGGAGCAAGGCAGCGUCUGUGCGGCAUGGCCCUUCAAUGGGGUUUCUUGGCGUAAGCCCAGGGUUUGGGGCGUCGUUUUUGCGCCCGUCUAGAUCCGGCGUGGAGGUGGAUGCCGGGGACGCCGUUUGGGAUGAAAUGCAAAAUACCCUGAACGAAGUCGAGCAGGCUGCUGCUGGCGGAGAUCACGUUUUUGGUGCUGAGCAUGCAAAGGCCCUUGAAGAGCUACGUGUUAAACAGUUAGCGUUAGCUCAGGCAUGGGCAAGAAGCGAGGCGGAUGAAGCCGCAGAUGCCUCCGCCAGCGAAUCUAGUAUGGGUGGUGUGAAGGGUGCAGCUGAAUCUGUGGGCCGUGCAUCGAUAGACACCAAGGAUACCUCGCAGCAGAAGGUGCUGGAUGAGAAAACAGAGAAGGAUAUCCUAUUCGCUCGAAAAAGGAGAGAGGCCAAUGAUCGAUAUUUUGAACGAGUUAAUAGUAGCGUGCUGGAUGUUGUGGCAAAGCUUGACGAAGUUGCCCAUGCCAUGCGUGCUGUGGAGCGGGAGAGUAAAGAGAUAUGGAGCGAGAGCGAAAGCGUCAAUUCCGCCAUGGCAGAUACCCAAAGAGUCCCAUGA